AUGUCCAACCUAAUCAUCAAUAUCGAAGUGAAAAAAUGCGAAGGAGCACCACAAGGCGUUGAAUUCAUAUAUCAUUACGACAAUGGACAAGUUGUAACUUCACAUACACCGCCGACAUCGUACUACACCCCUCCAGUCAAGGCAGCAGCGACAAAAGUUAUAAAGCCCAAACAAAAACAACGAUCUCGAACGCAUUAUACUCACCAGCAAAUAAUGAUAUUGGAACGUGAAUAUCGGAAAGGAAAGUAUUUGAAUGCAGAACGACGGGCGAAAAUCGCCAGAAGCAUUGGUGUGCAAGAAAAGCAGGUGAAAUAUUGGUUUCAGAAUCGUAGGAUUAGAGGCACCAGAUAUGGCGAGAUCAGCAGCAACGAGAAUAAGGCAGAAGAUAAAGUAGAAAAUAUACGAAAAAUUGUGCAGUUUUUAGAAGGCAGUUUGGUGGAAGGACUCGCGGCGGAAGGCACACAACAAAGCUCAAGCAGCAGCGAAGAGUUAGACGAUGUUGUCGAAGUGAUACAGGAAAGUUGUGUACAAGCCGCAACGGAAAUAGACAUGAAAGAAGCCAAGUUUGGUUCUUCAAUGCAGCCAGUGAUGAAGUGGCCUCAACAAAGUGCAAGCAUUGAGGAGUUAGAUGAUAUUUUCGCAGUGAUCCAGUCACAUUUUGGAGUUCACUUUUGA